AUAUAUAUAUACGCUAAAUCCAACGUCAUCCCGCCCUCCUCCCCCACGAGUGAAUAAAAGGUGCUAAUAAAUGUUACCGAGGCCGAUGAUUGUCGCCAGGUCAACCAUCGGCUCUGCCGCCGGCAUGCCGGUGACCAAACUGAUUGGCGAGGCGCUCGGCGGUGAUUGGCAGAUGCUGUAAUUAGCAGCUGUGUGCUGGCUCCACACAUUAAGCGCCACUUCCAUUGUGAUCAGCCGGCUCAACAUGCUGCUUAAUGAAGUAGCAAAUCCAAAUCAUUAGCAUAAUUAAUAGGGACUCGUGAUUGCCUUUCGGGCAGAUUUGCCGCCGCCUCUCUCCCUUCAUCUUUUAUCGACUCCAUGUCGUGUGCAUUAGUUGAGCUUAUGGGGUGAUCUGUGACUAAUCUAUAACUUAUUUUCUCCAGAUCCAAACUAUUUCAAGAAUAAUCCCUGUCAGAUGGCAGCAAUUAGCAUGUUCUGGUGUUAAAUUGUUUUCCGGUCAAACUGGCAUUUCUUGUGAUCUGUGUCGGAAUCUAUCUGCAACAAUGGAGCCUCUUUUUUUUCCCCUUUUCGAGUCCCGCGUCAUUUGAGCUUCGAUCGUAGUUCCUGUAUUUGCUCCCCUUCAUUACCUCUUGUUUGUUGCCCGCCGUCGCGCUGCUCCUCCUCCAGGCAGACUAAUUUGGUUUGAGUCUUAUCGGGACAAAAAGAUCAUGUGCACUCUAUUAACCUUUCCGGGGGCCCUCUUACUGUACACUUAAUGAUUAUCGUGGCUGCCGCACAGCACUCGGCUCGCUUGUUGCAUACCUUUUAUCGCCAUCUCGCACGAUAAUGAAUGUUUACAAAACAGAAGGACGCGGGGGGGGGGGGCUGUCGGGGGUAGAUUUGAAUGUUUUUCGUGUAAGCAAGGCGAGCAAUUUAUCUACGCAGUCAUGCGACUAACAAGACAUCAGAAAUGCGUCGCAAGUAGAGGCAGGCCACUUUAGAAUGCAUUUCACUCUACCCCGUUUCUCACGAUUAGCAUAUUAUCGCAAAGUAAGCAUACCGGUGUGACGCUGUCACCUCGCCAGGGCUUCCUAUUAGAAAACUUUCCUCGUCAAACUCUCAGUUAACUUUGUGCCCUCCUGAGUUGUUGUUCUGCUGUGGUGCGAUAGUUUUAUAAUGAUUUACACAGGUGGUGACCCCCCCCCCCCCCCAAAAAAAAAAAAGGUUUCUGCGUGGGCCUUGGAGUAAAGAUUCUCUCCACCAAUUACGCGCCAUACUAAACCCUAUUUAUGUUGGCCCAUGCUUCCCCCGACUUGCUUCUCGCUUCCCGGGCUUUGCCGAAUGCCUUCGUCAGCUUCCCGCUAAAUGAAACAAAUCUCGUAUCCAAGUGGCGGCAGACAAAUGGGCGCGCUAAUGAAAAUAUUAUCGCGUUGACUGUUGCGACACAAGGGCUUGAAAUAUGGUCAUCCGUUUGUGUUCUUGGGCUGAGGUAAAAAAAUGUGCGGGAUGUAUCGUCGGCAUUAAAUGCGACCUCGAUGCUCACCACACAGAAACAAGUAAAGUUUGUACUAGCAUUUGUUACUUGGCAGUUAUUUAUUCCAUGUGACGGCGAGCUUUUUUUCUGUUGCUCUAACAAGCCACGUGGUUUGCUCGUUUGUCUUCAUUAAAAAAGGAAAUAUUGCGCCUUUGAUUCAUGCGGGGAGUCAUAUUUCUACGGGUGCGCCGCAGGGACAAUUAUUCAGGCUAAAUACCCGCUACAGGUGACAGUUAUUUCCCCACGCGAGUGUGAGGAUGGAGUCGGGUGAGUCUACUUGUGUUCAGGACUUGUAACCAUGACAACAGCAGGGCGGUCGGUAGCGCUUAGCUCCGUCUUUUUGUUUACGCCCGUUUUCAUCAAUGAAGUCGGUCCUGAUUUGUAUUAUGCCAAUCGGCUACCUCGGGACUUUGCCACCAAGUUUACUGCGAUCUCGAGCAAAUCCGCUUCAUUGUUUUCCCAACCCUGCCGUUUUUCAUCCAUCAAUGCUUUUUCCUCGAGUGAGCCUGCCAGCCAUUUCUGAAAGAUGCUCCCCCAGCCCCGAUUUUGUGUCCAAGCCACUUCAGUCCCUCCAUUCAAAAGUUGCGCAACUUCCGCUCCACUAUCUCAUUAAUUCCGUCCUUCCGCCACCCCUUUGAUUAGCGACUCUGGGAAUCAUCGGCUUACGUCAGUUAAUGGGCUGUCAAGGCCUCAUCAUUUGUAGCGUCCAGUCGCUAAUGAUGACUCGGUCGGUGGAGCGGGCCCCCUUCGUGGAAACGUCCCCGCACCCGCUGAGAUUUUUGUGUCGUGGUCUGCUUUUAAUUGCGUACGACCCUCGGCUCCAGCUAAUUACGUCGUCACCAAAGUGUGUAACCGGUGCAAAUAAAACGCUGCAGUCGGCGACCUCAAAUCAUUUUGCACUCGGGGAGAAAAAGGGAUCAUCAUUUUGAAAAAGUGAAUGAUUGACUCUUUAAAUUAAGGUGUUUGUGUUAUUGUUUACAUAAUACAUAGUGAUGAUAAUCAUUAGCACUUUGGAAAGCGGGGUUACUUUAAUAUAUGUCACGUUCCCAUUUGGAAAAAUAUUGAAGCUUUACAAAUCUUGAAUUGCAGACUUGCUUUGCCAUGAGGGGAAAGAAGAAAAAGAAAGCAAGCGUAACCUUGAAGGAGGGGGGGGGUGAUGUUGAUUGGAUCUGAGGUUUCACGCAGCAACGGCGGUUGAUUUCGGCUGCUUGCGAUCGCCGCCUUUGUCUGGAAGCGUCGACUUUUAAUUACCGACCAUACAUGACGAGUUGACGGGGAGGCGGCAACAGAUGCCAUCGAACGAGACACUUGGCUUUGAGAAGAGGGGUCGAGGCCUCGCGAUGGGGGGGGAGCGCAGAGGAGAGGAAGUGCCAACUUGCGUUUCCAUUCACUCCAAAAGAGCAAUGAGCACAGAUUGGGUAGGAUGAUCAAUCCAGUCAAAGCCUGAUUUAAAUAUAAGAAAAAAAAUCCCAUGAUAUCUGCAGCAGUCUUUUUUUUUUAAUCGGGGUCUCAGUGUUUCCACAUUGCCCCCUUGUGGUCACAAGCACCAUUGUGACCUCAGGCAUUGCCAGAAAAUGCGCAGAACUUGCCUGCAAUAUUUACAGACAUUGUGCCUGAUGUCACAUGAUUUGCUAUUUAUCCCCCCCCCCCCCAUUUCACUAAUAUGUGAUGAUAGUCAGAGCGCAAAACUGUGACCUUGAAUCCUACAUGGAGUAGGACAUGAGAGUAGAGCGCCUCUCGCCCUUGUGUCCGAGUGGAUUCGACUUGGUUUUCUACUCGUAAUCUCCGGUUGUGUCUCUCAAAGCUUAUGAAAGUGGGGUGGGUGGGGGGGGCUUCAUAUCUACUUGUAUUGCCGUGAACAGAACAGCAUGACACACUCACGAGCACAAACAAACGCAGCAGAUCUGAUUUCCUCCUCGGUCGUGGACUUUUAAAAGGCAGAUAAUAUUCCGCCGACGUUCUUGUGGGAAAUUAAAAAGAGGCGCGCUGGUCAACAACUUCCCCCCCGGCACCCCUGAUAAGAGUCUUUUGCGGGCUUCGUUCUCACUGGAAUCAGCAAUGAGUGAAAGAAAGAAAAAAAGGGGGGGGGGUGCAGCUGGAAAACAUUUGAGUCACGAUUUAUUCUAAGUAGUCAAUGUUAAUACAAUGGAAAGUGUUAGAUGUUGAUUUAAAUUUGCAUUUAUUUUAAGAACCACUUGGUACUAAUAAUGGUCAAAUCAUUUGAUAUCUACAUUUUAAAAAAUGCAUUGAGUUUGUAAAAUGAUUUAUUGUUAAAAAAAAGUCACUUUAUAAUAAAUGUUUGGUAGAUUUAUUGCAGAUUUUAGGACAGUGGACAGUUUUACAUACAUUUUAAAAUCUUUGAUUCAUUAAAUGGUUAUUUGAUUCAUUUCAAAUAAAAUAAUACAAUUUAUUUUAAAAUUUUCAUAUGUUAAUUUCAUGAUUAUCUACUACAAUUCAUGAAAUUAUCUUUUUAAUGCUGUAAUCUUUUUUUAAAAAAAACAAUUGAAUCCAAGUGAUGAACUCAUUCACUGCCAUAGAGAGUCAAAGCUUCGUUAUUCUUGGGCUAACAGUGAAGAAUUUAAUUAAUGGAUCAAUUUUUUUUGGGGGGGGGUGGCGGUGGUGUUUGGUAACACCUCAUCGCUGAAUAUUCUACAGCAGUAGGCUUCUUGCUAUGUUUGACAUGAUGCCAAGCAAAAGCUUUGGGGCCCAGUCAGUCAGCCAGUAUGUGAGCUGCGCCCGCCAAAGAGGGACGUCUGGUCCGGUCCAGUCCAGACGUCUGAUUGCUUCCAGAUGACAAUCGGAGUUGGUGCGACCCGAGACGAGACGGCGGAGGACGCGUGAGCAGAUGCUUCCCGAUGGCCUCCGAUGUGCUCGUGGCGGUUUUACUCUUCUGCACCCUGGCGUCCGCUCAACGCCCUCGCUCAGCUUUGUACCCAGCGGCGUUGCAGCCAAAGCAAGGUGCACCCUGGCUUCUCAAUCCUUCCUUCCAGCGAUCCGCAGAAGACGUGGAGCUCCUCUUUGAGAUUUUGUUGUCCGGAAUGGAAAUCCGAGGCCGAGAGCCGCUCGUCAUCCCCGAUCCGGAGCUGGCGUCCCUCCGUGGCGCUCGCGCACUGGAGCUCAUCUGCGACGACGUCCUCCCCAAGAGCCUUCCGGACGUCCUGCGUCUGUCCGCCCGGCUGGACGGACGCCGCCGCCCUCUGAGUGCGCCCGACUUUGAGAGGACCGUGUUGACGCUGGUCUACGCCGCCCAGACCGCAGCGGCGGCGGCAGACGGCACAGAGAGGCGCCGUGCCUGGGCCCGGUCCCUCGUCCGCCUCUUCGAGGCCAUCCGGAAGGACCUGGACUUCUAAGGGUGUGGUUUUCAUUUCGUUUGUGCCUACAGUGGAUAUUCAAAAGCUGCUUUCUUCUACGGUGUAUAUGUCAGUUAUGUGAUAUUGUAAAAUGUAAUGUGAGAGAGUUUCAAGUAUUUCCACAUUCUUCAUUGUUUUAUCGAGUGCGGUGGUUUGGCGCAGCGCGCCAACUCAGCAAAGAGUGAUUAGGACGGAAAUGAAAAGAGAAGACGGGAAUUUCCUGUCUUUCUUUGACAAGUAUUAUGAAUAUUUGAGCAAUAUUCAUGGAGCGUGAAUGAUAAUACAAGAACACGUAAUCAUUGACUGGAAGGUCGCGUCACAAUUUUUGUGAAAAAUCUGUGCUUUAUACAUAGUAGCACAGUGCAGCGUGAUGCUAUUCAUACUUGUGGAAUGUUUUAUCAAAUAUUAAAAUCCUUCACACUUUUGACUGAAUAUCUAUGAAUGAGUUUCUGCCUGCCUCAUGCGAUGUAGUUUGAAAUUUUCCACUCUUAUAAUGUGGGGACAGCACACCCGUGUGGUUAUCUAGUCAAAGGGGCUCUUAGGUUUUCUUUCAUUCUGUUACUUGACAUUUUUAAAUUCACAAAGAAAUAUAUUCAAAAUGAUUGGAUUUUGUUUAGUUCGUGAAUAUAGGUGAAUUAUGGUUGGUUAUUGUACGUACAGUACUUAUAUACCAUUAUCACCCAUAAAUAUUGUUCAGA